UUCUUCCAUUACAUCGCUCACUAGCUCUUUAAGAUUCAUCCAACUUCCAUUUCGACUGUGGUUGGUUCUGUCUAGCUCCCGAACUUGAGUUCCCAUUUCCCUCAAGGCCGCAGUAAGGGAAAAUGGGCUCUCUGGGAAACAAGCCCCAUGCAGUUUUCGUUCCAUACCCGGCUCAGGGCCAUGUGACCCCUUUGUUUAAGUUCGCGAAGCUGCUCUACCACCGGGGCUUCCACAUCACGUUCGUGAACACCGAGUUCAACCACCGCCGCCUCCUCAAUUCGAGGGGGCCCGACUCCCUGAAGGGCCUUCCUGGCUUCCGGUUCGAGACGAUCCCUGAUGGUCUCCCGCCCUUCGAGGCCGAUGCGACGCAGGACAUCCCGUCCCUAUGCUACUCCACCGAGAAGAAUUGCUUGCCGUACUUCAGGGAGUUGCUCUCAAGAUUGAACAACACAGCUCGUACUGGUGAGAUCCCUCCGGUAAGUUGCUUAGUUUCUGACGGGGUGAUGACGUUCACGUUGGAGGCAGCGGACGAGAUUGGGGUGCUAAAGCUGAUUCUUUGGACAGCAAGUGCUUGCGGGUUCUUGGGCUACUUGCACUACAAGCCUUUGAUCGAGAAGGGCAUUGUUCCAUUCAAAGAUGCGUCGUUCCUAACAAAUGGGUGCUUAGACACCCUUUUGGACUGGAUUCCUGGUUCGAAAGUCAUGCGCUUGAAGGACAUGCCCAGUUUUAUCCGGACUACGGAUCCCAAAGAUAUUAUGUUGAAUUGGUUCGUGACCCAAGCCGAGAGAAACAAACAAGCCACUGCAAUCGUCCUUAACACUGUGGACGAGUUCGAAGACAACGUGCUACGGGCAAUCAGGACCAUGCUCCCUCCACUGUACACGAUCGGACCACUUCAGCACCUCCUAGACCAGGUCCCGGACCCUGAGCUGAAAUCUAUUGGAUCCAACCUGUGGAAGGAAGACCAAGGGUGCUUCGAGUGGCUUGACACCAAGGAACCCAACUCCGUUAUCUUAGUGAACUUUGGGAGCAUAACAGUCAUGUCGUCCGAGCACAUGGCCGAGUUUGCAUGGGGACUCGCCAAUAGCAACCAGACCUUCUUGUGGGCGAUCCGGCCCGACCUUGUAUCCGGUGAUUCGUCCGUUCUACCCCCAGACUUUGUCAGCGCGACCGAGGGGAGGAGUCUAAUGGUGAGCUGGGUGGCCCAGGAGGAAGUUCUCAACCACCCGGCAAUCGGGGCCUUCCUGACCCACAACGGAUGGAACUCAACGCUGGAGAGUGUGGCUGCUGGCGUCCCGAUGAUCUGCUGGCCGUUCUUCGCAGAGCAGCAGACGAACUGCCGGUACUGCUGCACUGAGUGGGGAAUAGGGAUGGAGAUCAACAGCGACGUGAAGAGGGACGAAGUGGAAGGGCUCGUGAGGGAGAUGAUGGAAGGGGUGAAAGGGAAGAAGAUGAGAAACAACGCCUUGGAGUGGAAGAAGAAAGCCAGAGAAGCCACCACGGCUCCUUCGGGAUCGUCUUACGUUAAUUUUGAAACGGUCAUCAAUAAGGUGUUGCUCGCACCAAGGAAGUAGAUUGAUAUGAUAUGGGUUUUGCCUGCUCGGAAAUUUCGGGUGAUUAUUUUCUUCCAUCUCCUUUUAGGUUCAUGAACGUUAUUAUGAUAAAGGACGAAUAAAAGGAAAACAUUCCGAAUAUGCUUCUUAAAUUCUUUUGUUUGGGGUCCAUUUCUAUUGUUCGAGUUAUUACUGCGCCCGGGCAGAGCAUUGGCCUCAGCUCGGCUCAGUUAGCGUUCCCAGGUCUACUCAAUUAUUAGUUCUUUAUUAUUCAGUUUUCCUC